AGCAGCAGCAAAGGUGAAUGUGCCACAGUUCAGCUGGAGCCGACGGGAGCCAGUCGAGGCGCUCCCAGCUAUGACCGAGGCUGAGUUAUACACGCUGUACAAAGGAGUCUAUCUGCCUUCGAGUCUGCACCCUCCACAGAGCCUGAGAUACUACGAGGAGUUCACUUUUCGCCCAGAUGAUAUUGUCAUUGUAACAUAUCCCAAGUCAGGUACGACUUGGAUGCAGGAGAUUGUUCCUCUGAUCCUGAGUGGAGGAGACCCGUCCUCCGUUGAGACUCUUCCUAACUGGGACCGUGCGCCCUGGCUGGAGGAGCAUCGGGCCUGCAUCCUUAAUCUAGAUGAAAGGCUGUCUCCUCGUGUGUUUUCUACUCACUUCCACUACAACAUGAUGCCUCCAGGCUUCUUUGAAGUAAAGCCAAAGGUCAUCUAUGUCACAAGGAACCCCAAAGAUGUGUUUACAUCUUCCUUUCAUUAUUAUGGGAUGGCCUCCUACCUGGUGAACCCAGGCCCACAGAGCGAGUUCCUCCACAAGUUCCUUGAUGGAAAAGUUAUGUUUGGCUCAUGGUUUGAUCAUGUGAAGGGCUGGCUGAGCGCUGAAGACAGAGGGCACAUCAUGUACAUCUCCUAUGAGGAAAUGAUCAUGGACCUGAAGGACUCUGUGACCAGAAUCUCUCAGUUCUUGGAGAAACCUCUGGACACUGAGGUGAUAGAGAAGAUAGCAGACAGAUGUUUGUUCAAGAACAUGAAGCAGAACGACAUGUCAAACUACUCGAUUGUUCCUUGUGAAUUCAUGGACCAGACAAAGUCUGAAUUUCUCAGAAAAGGAAUCGCUGGAGACUGGAAGAACCAGCUAACAGUGGCAGAAGCAGAGUACUUUGAUGCAGUUUACAAAGACAAAAUGAAAGAUGUCAAAUAUAAAUUUGUGUGGGACUAAAAUAGACUUGAUGAACAUACUUAAUGAAAGUCAUUCCAACAUACCAUGGUGCAGAAACAUCUGUGUGUACAAACCAGCAGUGUUGCCUGAGGAAGUCUUAAUUACUGUAUAAGUAACUGUAUGUCUUAUAUACUAUACUCUUGAAUUAAUCUUUUCAUCUGUCAGUUAACACCAGAUACUUUUACUCAGUUUUCAGUCUUUAAGAAACAUAAGUCCUUAAUCUCAGAUUGCCUAAAACUGUCUCAUUGGUUUGUGUUCGGCCACAUUGAUCUUUGUUUGCAUGUCAUGUAAUAUCACACUCACCUGUACUGAAAUAUACAAAUUACUAAAAAAUAAAUCUGUGUAAAAUAAAUAAAUC